AUGAUCGUGGCCAUCAGUGUGGGCGGCUGCCUCUCCUGCAUUUGCGUCGGCUUGUACCUCUAUGUCCAACGAGAAAAGCCCCUUGCUGUGAACGUUUUUGGGCAUCAGAUGCAAGCAGAUGGAUGUCCACGAUCGUCCGAUGAACAUAAAGGCACGUUUGACUCAUGCAGAGGUGGCAUCCCUUUGGAAGGUUUCAUGGAGUAUGCUGUCUCCGUGGGCACCGAAGACCGUGAGGUGGUGGAACGCUCGGAGGGCGGCUACCGCACCAAGCGGAAGGUCAUCCCGGGUCAGGCAGCGGAAGAAUCAAAGCCCUCCAAGCCGUCCUGCCUGAGCAGAUGUUUGGGAAGAUGUUACAAUCGGCUGUGCCCGAAGAAGCAGAUCCGCCGAAUCGCACCCGUCUCGCAGGAGAACUAUGGGAUGCUGGCGGUCGGCGCGCGGGUGCGGUUGAUUGGCCUCUCCCAGGCGCACUUCAAUGGCCUCGAAGGCUUCAUCACAGGAGGGCCGAACGAGAAAGGGCGUUACACGGUGGAUGUCAUCGUCGAUGAUGAUGAGAUGGUUCGGGAGAUGCAAACCCUGAGCUUCAAAGCAGAUAACCUACUUGUGCUGCCACCUGAGCAGACCAACAGCAAUCAGGCCUCGAAUUUACCAGGGCGUGGGCCGAGCUCCUACCGUGGUGGGGCCUAG